ACACAUUUAGUCAAUUGGAUUCGGACACAAGAUAAUUUACAUGUAAUUAACUUUUUGCCCAAACUAUCUCAACUUAUAGUACAAAUGUACUGUACAGCUGUAGUUUUUUAUUGUUUUGUAUAAGUCUAGCCUAUUGUUUUUAAUAAAAAUACUUUAUUUUCCAACUUUACAAAAGCGUCGUGUUUUCCCUGUAACAGGAAUCUGACUUUCAUUUCUACAAUCCUAUUUGUUGACAUAGCCCGCAACACUGCUGAUUGCGUAAAUAGUAGGGGAACGCUUUGCGUGAAGUUUUAGGAAAGCCCGCUAAACACUGGACUACAUGUGCCUUUAAUAAAGUCUAACUUCCCCAGUCUGCCUUAAAGAGCCAGGCAUGUGCCGGUGAGGGCGUCCCCUUGCUCUUUCCACAACAAACUGCCCCGCGCUGCUCUUAAGGUAGACCGGGUUAGAUACCUUUUGCUAAUAGGAUGUGUUCAUAGUCAACCGGCAGUGAAAGAGUUAAUUUCCACUUUUUAUUAAAACCUCCUGUGAUAUUGCAAGUACUAUGGUGGAGCUGGUGUUGUCAAUUAUAAAACAUGCAUGACUGCAUAAUGUAGGUGUUUUCAUGCAUUCAGGAGAAAAAAGGUGAAUUAAAGUGGUAUUUUUUCCUGUAUUGCAUCACACACAAAAAUUAACACCAUCUGCAGCUCUUUGCAAUUUUAACCCGAAGGUUGCUACAAAAGCUUGUUUAUAUUUACUCAGUCCAUUAAAUCAGCAUGUUAGUUGCAUGCACUGUAAAUCAAAGUUAACUGGCUUGGUGGAACUUCCUCAGUCAUUGUGGUGUCAGCUUGGCUUCAUGUCUUCAUGUGACUUUGUGACAGUAAGAAUCUUAAAGUAAUCCCUCAGGAGGCAGAUUUACCAUCAAACAGCUGCUGCAGGAAACCAGGUUUGUUGUGACCAGUUUCUCAUCUACAACCUCUGAAUAUUCAUUUUAAGAUAUUGUUUGUUCUACUUUUGCUGUUGUUGAAAGCUAUCUUUAAGCAUUUGCUCUGGAAUUCACGGGAUCCCCUCUUUGUUCUGGUUUUACAGGUAAGACAAUGAUGGGAGGUUGCCAAGAUACCAGCUGGUUCGAGAUUUUGAGCUUUUAGUUUUAAAAAUGAGGAACUCGCUUUAUUUCCCUUUCAGAGUAAAUGUUGUACUCUUUAUAAUUGGAAGUCUUUUUCGAAUAUCCCACUUCGUGGACAUCUCUGAUGGUGGCACAGACAGAAGGAUGUAUGCGGCAGCCGGAGAAACAGUCCCGCAUUCAGAGAGCUCUAAUGAGGACAUUGGAAACAGUUAUGGCAGAGCAGCAUCACCACAAUCCAGCAAUGACCCCAUCAGCCUGGAGGAGAGGAAACAAGGCGGCUUUGAAAAUCCUUCUGGAUCUGAAUUCCCAGAAAAAUCCCAACCUGCCUCAGGCCCACAUUACACGGGGGCACCCAACCAAGAGCUGGACAGAGUAAAAACAUCAGUUAGACACAACACUCCCUCCUCUCUACUCUCAGAGCACGGCAGCCAUUUAACAGGGAGUCCAGCAUCUUCUGUAACAUCUGACUCUCUGACCAGUUUGGACAAAUUCAAUCAGCCAGUCCGAAGCAGUGUUCAUAGCCUGCCUGAAACUGGGGAUCCCUGUGUGAUUGGGGUCACACCUUGUCCCAUUUUAACAAACGUCAGUGGAACCAGUCUUCUUUGGGGCGAUAUGAAGCGCACUCUAGCUUUUGCAUGGGAGCUGCAUGUCUUUGGAUCUGCCAGCCUUUUCAUUCUAAUAGCUCUGCUGGCAGUUUUGGGGAUGGCUGGAGCAUUCUCUCUUCCUCAUCCUCUCAGCAAUAUCUUGACCUUAUCAAAUAGUCUACUCUUUACAAGUGGUGCUUUGCGCGCCACCCUCCUACUGCUCGAUCCUUAUGGUACCCGGCAGGUCCUGCCUCAUGCCGCUUUAGUUGCUCUACAUAAUGCUCCUCUGCAGGUACUCGUCUGGAUACAAAUUCUUCUUGCUCUGGUCGCAGUUAAAGAUUUAAAUAUGUUACUUCUCUCAAUGAAGCUGCAGCACCCGUGGAUGAUUGGAUGUUUGAGCAUGCUGCACUGUACCGUCUUACUUAUUGCAGACCUGUACUCCUCAGCCUUGUCCCCUGCUCUGCCUCUGAUGCUGCAAACCCUGUCUCUUUGCCUGGGGGGCCCUAUGUGCUUGUGCAUCCUCAUAAAGUCUCUUUCCAGUCACCAAACAUCUUUUGGAUCUUCUGUACCCCAGUGGGUUUCCUCACAGAAGACAGAGCGACUGGGAAAGCGAGUGACCGCAGUGUGUGCUUUCAUUGGAGUGUUGUGCUGCAGCCUUCAGAUGUACAGCCUCCUCUGGCUUCACGGGCUUCUGGGAAACUGGAGGCGCUUUAGUUGGGGUUGGUGGCUCGUUCAGUUUUGGGCCAGAAAUCUUGAGUUGGCAUGGGGGUUCUCUCUGCUAUUCUUGGGGUCUUGGAUCUUCUGGACACCAUCUAGGACUCACACAAGAGGGGACCAUUGGCAGGGUAGAAGUGAGGCGUCUAAAAGAAAAGAGGAAAAAAGCUUGAGGAGCAAAGUGUUGGGCAGGUUGCAGAAAGGCCUGCUGAGAAAAUCUGAGUCUUCUUUGGAGGACCUGAUACCAAACAACUGGGACAAGUUUAAAAUGUCUAGAACAGGUAUCAGCAACAAUGCGAUGUCCCCAUAUGAUGAAGAACCAGCUACACUCACGUCUGAGUACAAACAUGAUCCCUUCAGCAGCUGCUGCAGCUCUGACUCUCAGGCUGCUCUGUAUUGGCAAAAAGUUGGAGAACGAGAAUGUGUUCUUUCCCUAAUAGAGUUUGACAUGCGACCUCCAUCUCCUAUCAACUUGCGGCGCAGCAUCGAUAACGCCCUUCAUCACGGACACCUUGUGGCAGGAAGUCUUUUCACGCCUCCGCCUCCCUCCUGGACUCACAUCAUGGGCGUGGAAAGAGACGGCGAUCUGACAACAGCUCCUCCAGCAUAUGGAGGCUAUGGGUGGAUGUUGGACACAGAGUCCCUGUCUGCUUCUCUAGACCAUUUCCAGGCAAAGGAGCCUGCACAGUCACUCAGCACCACUCCUGAUUGUGAUGCCAGCAUUGGAUCUCCGGCUGCUGUACCACAGGAAGAAGAAAUGUCCUCAGUAAUGCAUCAGCCCGACUGGUCUGACGAUGACUGCGUCACUAACCUCUGAAGAAGCCCCUCGCACUCAUCCAGCCUUUAUCCAUGGUCAUUAUCGCAAACAUUAACAUGGAUUUUUCAAUACAUUCGUAUUAAUUAGAAUCAGGUCCUUUUGGAUUGUCAUGUUUAGUGUUUAGGACAUCUUAACAUUAAAUGGAAAUAUCAAGAAAGAAAGCACUUAAUAUAAACUAAUGUUUCACUUAGUAAAGCUGGUAUCAAACGACAUGCUUGUAAAUGAAUGUGCUUCCUUUAUUAUUUAUAGAUAAAAAUUUGCCACUA